GCACUGAUAGGCGGCACUGUUUUGCAGCACUGACUGACAGCACUGAUAGGUGGCACUGAAAGGCAUCUCAGAUGGGCACUGAUAUGCGGCAUUGAUGUGCACUGGUAGGCACUGAUAUGUGGCACUGAUGGGCACUGGCAGGUGGCAUUGAUGAGCACUGACAGCUGGCACUGAUGGACACUGACAGGUGGCACUGUUGGGGCUACACUGAUCAUCAGGGCAUACUGAUCAUCAGUGCCCUGAUGAUCAGUGUACAUGUCCCCUCUGAGGAAUGCCGAUUACUGGCUCUCCUCUCGAGCUGUCAGCGUGACAGCUUGGGGGGCAGCACUGCCACCUGG